AUGAAGGACCUGGUGUCGUGCUUCAGCGAGCACGCCGUCAGGAUCUCCGACGUCGCCUGCUCCGGCUCCGCCGCCGCCAAUGCGGCCGCGGCGGCCACGACGGGGACGGCCGACGGCGGGGGCAGGACGGCGGGGAUCAGCGCGGUCACCACCGUGUACCGCUCGCGCCUCUCGGCGUCCGGCAAGGACCUGCUCGUCGACGUCACGUGGGCGCGCUCGCCGGACGGCCCCGCGCUCUCCGUCGCCGUCCACGACGCCGGCGCCCCGCGGCACCGGGCCGCCGCCGCCGCCGCCCCGCGCCACCUGCACAGGCGGAAGGGGAGCGGCACCUUCACCGCGGGCAGCUGCGUGGUGGGCGUCUUUUGGGACUACGCGGCGGCGCGGUACGGCGCGGGGCCCGAGCCCGUCUCCGGGUUCUACGUCGCCGUGGUCGCCGACGCCGAGUUCGUGCUCCUGCUCGGCGACAUGAGCCGGGGCUACGUGGAGCGGCUGCACGGCGGGAUACCGGUGGCCGAGUCGCGGAUGGCGCGGCGGCGGGAGCGGUUCGUCGGGUGCGGGUGCUGGCACACCAGGGCGCGCUUCCUGGAGUCCGGCGCGGAGCACGAGAUCGGCGUCGGGCUGGAGGGCGACACGGAGGCGUGGGUCACCGUGGACGGCCGGAAGGUGGUGCAGCUGCGGCGGCUGCGGUGGAACUUCCGCGGCAGCCACACCCUCAUCCUGGACGGCGGCGCGCCGGUGGACAUGACGUGGGACCUCCACGGCUGGCUCUUCCACGCGAUCGACCCCUCCGCCUCCUCGUCCAGCGCCGUCUUCACGUUCCACGCGCGCGGCGCGUCGGAGACGAGGCUGUGGAUGGACGACGACGACGGCGCCGCCAGCAGCAGCGGCGAAAGCGACAAGGAGCACGACAAGCCUCUGGCGCCGGCGCCGGCGCGCGGCCAGCGACAGAAGCAGGGGCCGUCAGGGCAGGGGUUCUGCCUGCUCAUCCAGGGCUUCAGGAGAUCCUCCAAGACCACCUGA